GAAUUCCCCUCCUUCUGCAAACCAGGAGCCCUACCCAUGCAGCUCCCUACCACUUUGCUCAGCCCAGAGAAGCAGCAACACAGACACAAAAAAGUUCAAAUCAACUCAGAGCAGAGGAGGGCGGGAGAGAGGGGGGAAGAAAACGCCCUGGAAACUUGGUUGAUCGAGAAAUAGGAAAAGACUGACAGACUACAACGUUGUGACUGGAAGAAGUGCUUUUCUUGGGUCGGGAAGAAGGGAACAGGACACGUUUUCAAGGAUGCUCAAGCUGGCGUGAGGCUUCUUGGGCGCAAAGACUGCGCACAGAAGCCAAGAAACCACAGCAUCAGACUGAAGGCCUUGGCCUUGCUUGAGCAAUCCAAGGAAAAUCAAGAUAGAGUUUCCAACACACCAGGGCUUAAAUCGAGUAAAGAAAUACAAGAUGGCUGAAGAAGAGGACACCAGAGAGGUGCUCUUUGAUGAUUGGGAGGGCCCAGACAAAACUGGCUUGACCAUUGAACAGAGUGGAGGAGAGAUCUUUGUCAAGGAGGUGAAAGGAGAGUCACCUGCAGCACGGUCUGGACAAGUAUACGAAGGUGACCAGAUUGUGGGUGCUACUGUAUACUUUGAUAACAUGAGCUCAGAAGAAACAGCUGACUUACUGAAGACAUUGAACCGCCACAAGGUUGGACUGAAACUACAAAACAAAGACAAAUCCCCUUACUGCUCGCCCUUGAGCACACCGUGUCGUUCGCCAAUCGGCACCCUCACAUGGGAAGGGAAGACCAGGUUAGGAAGUUCCAGUCCAGACAUCAUCCUCAGUGGAGAGGAUGAGGACUAUAAGAGAAUAUAUUCAAAGAAGAUUAAACCAAGGCUGAAGUCUGAAGACCUUGCAGAGGGAGUAGAUGUUCGCACAGAGCGGCAUAGCAGCACAAGCACCGAUGGCAGCACAGUUACGACCAUCACCCGCCGCAUCACCACCUACACAGUGGAUAUGCCAGGUGGCAUAAGUGAGCAACAUGAACUUUCAAGCCCAGAGUUCAAGGGGCUAAGGCACGAAUCUGGUGAUGGCUCUCCUCGUACACAAAUCUUCCAAGCCAGCCCUUCAGGUAAAGUGGGAGCAGAAGAGGGAGUUUUUGAGUCAAGUAAUGUCUCUUACACUGGGCCACAUGUUAGCUCCACAGAGACAGGAUGGGGCAGUGGGAAAGGUCAGUUCACAAUGACUACAAGAGAGGUAGAAGGUUCCAGAUUCAAAGGGCCUAGCUUUGGAGUAACAGAGGGUAAAGGCCAGAGAGGCUUUGAGUUCUCAAGAGGGAGUGGGGAGCAAGGUGAUGGAAGAAUUCAGAUGUCAGGAACAAGCAUGACAUUAAGAGACAGCACAAACACUGGUAGUGGGCAUGUUACAAUAGGAGGGUUGGGAGGUGCAGACGUAACCGCAACUGAUGAGAACGGAGGGUCAAUUGGUCUUUCUUUACCAGGAAAAGGCCUACAGAUUUUGACUUCUUCCAUGGAUAAAACACAGGAGGGAAGUAUUGACACCAGUUUAGGUGAGAGGACAAAGAUGAAGGUAUCUGAAACUACCAUCAGUCACCCACAGGCAAAGGGAUCAGGCAUCAGACUUGGAGGACCAAUAAUACAAGUUGAUAAUGUCAGUAAAGGAUAUUCCUCAGCGCCAGGCAAGAUUUCAAUGGCAGGUGACAAUGUCAACAUUGAGGGUCCAAAGUUGAAAGGUGAGGUUGAUGUCAGCCUGCCAAGCACAAAGAGAGGAAAUAAAGCACCUGGAAUAGACAUUGAAGUUCCAGGGUAUAAAAAUGAGGGCACUGUAGGUGGCAUGAAAACAGUCAAGAUGCCUGUGUUUGGAAUGAAAGAAAAUAAGGAAGAGGGAAAUAGGGUUAAACACAGUGCUGAUGCAUGUAUGUCUGUUCCUGGACCAGUUGUCAAUGUAAGACUUCCAGAGGCAGAGCUCAACGCACCUGAAAUCCAUUCAAGCAUUCAAACCAAAGUACCAAUGAGUGAUAUCAAAUACAAAAUGUCUGAGGUUAAAAUUCCAUCUUUAUCUGGGCCAGAUACAGAGGAUUUCAAGGUUGGGGGAAAUAUUGAUGUAACAGUGGCUAAGACUGAGGGAGAAAUAAAGGCACCGAAAAUAGACAUUAAAGUUCCAGCUAUAAAUAUUGAGAAGAAGGAAGGCAAUUUAAAAAUGCCCCAGAUAAAGACACCAUCAUUUGGGGCCAAGGGACCAAACUUUGAUGUGAAAGCUUCUGGGGUUGACUUUAAAGCACCAUCCAAAACAGGGCCCACAACUCCAGAAUGGGAUAUCAGUCUGAAAGGAAGAAAUGUGAAGGGAGAUGUGGACGUGUCAGUUCCAAAGAUUGAGGGACACACAACAACAUCUAAAGUUGAAGGACCAGAAGUUGAUAUUGAAAUGCCUCAAGGUGGAUUUGAGAUCCCUGGAAUCAAAAUUCCAUCGUUUGGCUUUACUGGACCGAAGAUGGAAGCUCAAGAUGUUGAUAUAAAACUAACAAAACCUGAAAUUGAUGUCAAGGCACCUGAGGUUGACAUUAAAGCAUCCAAAGUGAAAUUUGAGAGCCCUGAUAUAGACAUACAAGCUCCCAAAGUGAAUAUUGACCUUGAGGGACCUAAAGGUGAAUUCAACCGUUCAAAACUUACAAUGCCGUCCAUUGGCCUGAAAGGUCAACAACUUGAAGGUGAUAUGGCUUUGACCAAACUAAAGAUUAAAGGAGACAUAACAGCACCUGAAGUAGACAUUAAAGGUCCACAGGUUGAUAUUGAAAAAACAAAGGGUGGAUUUGAAAUGCCUAAAAUCAAGAUACCAACCUUUAAAAUCAAAGAUCCAGAAUUGGUUGGUCAAGAUGUGGAUCUAAACAUGGAUGUGAAAGCACCUGAUGUUAACAUUGACGUGCCAGGAGUUGGAACUAAAGGACCGAAUGCAACACUAAAAGGAGACAAAUUCCACAGGCCAACCAUAGCAGGACCAAAAACCACAAUGCCAAAUGUGGAUUUCCAUCUGAAAGGUCCAACACUCAGAGGUGAAGUGUCCGCUCCAAAGAUAGAGGGAGACAUAAAAACAGCUGAUGUUGACAUUAAAGUUCCAAAGGUCAACAUUGAGGGGGCAAAGGCAGGAUUUGAAAUACCUAAAAUUAAGAUGCCCUCAUUUAACAUAAAAGGACAAAAAGUGGAUAGUACUGAAGGAGAUUAUAAUAUUCCUAAAGCUAACAUUGAUGUCAAAAUGCCUAAAGUAGACAUUAAUGCUCCAGAAAUUGACGUUCAAGGACCGGAUGUUCCAGAGUUUGACAUUGAAGGUCCAAGUGGUAAAAUCAGAGGACCCAAAUUCAACAUGCCAAGCAUUUCAGGACCCAAACUCUCCAUGCCAGAUGUGGAUUUCAAUCUGAAAGGUCCCAAAAUGAAAGGUGAUGUGGAUAUGUCAGUGCCAAAGAUAAAGGGAGGCGUAAAAAAACCUGAGGUCGACAGUCAAGGUCCACAGGUUGAUAUUGAAGGUCACAAAGGUGGAUUUGAAAUGCCUAAAAUCAAAAUGCCAUCAUUUGGCUUCAAAGGUCCAACAGUGGAAGGUCCGGAUGUUGAUAUAAACCUUCCCAAAAGUAACAUUGAUGUUAAAGUACCUGAUGCUAACAUUAAAUUACCGGACUUUGAUGUUGAAGGUCCUGAUGUAAAAUUGAAAGGACCCAAAUUCCAACUGCCAUCAGUAUCAGGACCCAAGCUGCCAGAAUGGGAUGUGAGUCUGAAAGGGCCCAAAAUGAAGGGAGAUUUUGAUGUGUCAGUUCCAAAGAUUGAGGGCGACAUCAAAGCUCCGAAGGUUGACAUUGGAGGACCAGACGUCGACAUUGAAGGCCACAAAGGAGGAUUUAAAAUGCCUAAAUUUAAUAUGCCUUCCUUUGGACUAAAAGAUCCAAACAUUGAAGGACCAGACGUUGACGUCAGCCUCCCGAAAGCUGAUAUUGAUAUUAACGCUCCUGACUUGGAUAUCAAGGGACCAGAUUUGGACAUAAAGAGUCCAAGUGGUAAAAUCAGAGGACCCAAAUUCAACAUGCCAAGCAUUUCAGGACCUAAACUCUCCAUGCCAGAUGUGGAUUUCAAUCUGAAAGGUCCCAAAAUGAAAGGUGAUGUGGACAUGUCAGUGCCAAAGAUAAAGGGAGGCAUAAAAACACCUGAGGUCGACAUCCAAGGUCCACAGGUCGAUAUUGAAGGUCACAAAGGUGGAUUUGAAAUGCCUAAAAUCAAAAUGCCAUCAAUUGGCUUCAAAGGUCAAAAAAUGGAAGGUCCGGAUGUUGAUAUAAACCUUCCCAAAGGUAACAUUGAUGUUAAAGUUCCUGAUGCUAAUAUUAAAGGACCGGACUUCGAUGUUGAAGGUCCUGAUGUAAAAUUGAAAGGACCCAAAUUCCAACUGCCAUCAAUAUCAGUACCCAAGCUUCCAGAAUGGGAUGUGAGUCUGAAAGGGCCAAAAAUGAAGGGAGAUUUCGAUGUGUCAGUUCCAAAGAUUGAGGGUGACAUCAAAGCUCCGAAGGUUGACAUUGAAGGACCAGAUGUCGACAUUGAAGGCCACAAAGGAGGAUUUAAAAUGCCUAAAUUUAAUAUGCCCUCCUUUGGACUAAAAGGUCCAAACAUUGAAGGACCAGACGUUGAUGUCAGCCUCCCGAAAGCUGAUAUUGACAUUAACACUCCUGACUUGGAUAUCAAAGGACCUGAUUUUGACAUUGAGAGUCCAAGUGGUAAAAUCAGAGGACCCAAAUUCAACAUGCCAAGCAUUUCAGGACCUAAACUCUCCAUGCCAGAUGUGGAUUUCAAUCUGAAAGGUCCCAAAAUGAAAGGUGAUGUGGACAUAUCAGUGCCAAAGAUAAAGGGAGGCAUAAAAUCACCUGAGGUCGACAUCCAAGGUCCACAGGUUGAUAUUGAAGGUCACAAAGGUGGAUUUGAAAUGCCUAAAAUCAAAAUGCCAUCAUUUGGCUUCAAAGGUCCAAAAAUGGAAGGUCCGGAUGUUGAUAUAAACCUUCCCAAAGGAAACAUUGAUGUUAAACUACCUGAUGCUAAUAUUAAAGGACCGGACUUCGAUGUUGAAGGUCCUGAUGUAAAAUUGAAAGGACCCAAAUUCCAACUGCCAUCAAUAUCAGUACCCAAGCUGCCAGAAUGGGAUGUGAGUCUGAAAGGGCCAAAAAUGAAGGGAGAUGUUGAUGUAUCAGUUCCAAAGAUUGAGGGUGACAUCAAAGCUCCGAAGGUUGACAUUGAAGGACCAGAUGUCGACAUUGAAGGCCACAAAGGAGGAUUUAAAAUGCCUAAAUUUCAUAUGCCCUCAUUUGGACUAAAAGGUCCAAACAUUGAAGGACCAGACGUUGAUGUCAGCCUCCCGAAAGCUGAUAUUGACAUUAACGCUCCUGACUUGGAUAUCAAAGGACCAGAUUUUGACAUUGAGAGUCCAAGUGGUAAAAUCAGAGGACCCAAAUUCAACAUGCCAAGCAUUUCAGGACCUAAACUCUCCAUGCCAGAUGUGGAUUUCAAUCUGAAAGGUCCCAAAAUGAAAGGUGAUGUGGACAUGUCAGUGCCAAAGAUAAAGGGAGGCAUAAAAACACCUGAGGUCGACAUCCAAGGUCCACAGGUUGAUAUUGAAGGUCACAAAGGUGGAUUUGAAAUGCCUAAAAUCAAAAUGCCAUCAUUUGGCAUCAAAGGUCCAAAAAUGGAAGGUCCGGAUGUUGAUAUAAACCUUCCCAAAGGUAACAUUGAUGUUAAAGUACCUGAUGCUAAUAUUAAAGGACCGGACUUUGAUGUUGAAUGUCCUGAACUCAAAUUGAAAGGACCCAAAUUCCAACUCCCAUCAAUAUCAGUACCCAAGCUGCCAGAAUGGGAUGUCAGUCUGAAAGGGCCCAAAAUGAAGGGAGAUGUUGAUGUGUCAGUUCCAAAGAUUGAGGGUGACAUCAAAGCUCCGAAAGUUGACAUUGAAGGACCAGAUGUCGACAUUGAAGGCCACAAAGGAGGAUUUAAAAUGCCUAAAUUUCAUAUGCCAUCCUUUGGACUAAAAGGUCCAAACAUUGAAGGAUCAGAUGUUGAUGUCAGCCUCCCGAAAGCUGAUAUUGACAUUAACGCUCCUGACUUGGAUAUCAAAGGACCAGAUUUUGACAUUGAGAGUCCAAGUGGUAAAAUCAGAGGACCCAAAUUCAACAUGCCAAGCAUUUCAGGACCUAAACUCUCCAUGCCAGAUGUGGAUUUCAAUCUGAAAGGUCCCAAAAUGAAAGGUGAUGUGGAUAUGUCAGUGCCAAAGAUAAAGGGAGGCAUAAAAACACCUGAGGUCGACAUUCAAGGUCCACAGGUUGAUAUUGAAGGUCACAAAGGUGGAUUUGAAAUGCCUAAAAUCAAAAUGCCAUCAUUUGGCUUCAAAGGUCCAAAAAUUGAAGGUCCGGAUGUUGAUAUAAACCUUCCAAGAGGUAACAUUGAUGUUAAUGUACCUGAUGCUAAUAUUAAAGGACCGGACUUUGAUGUUGAAGGUUCUGAUGUAAAAUUGAAAGGACCCAAAUUCCAACUGCCAUCAAUAUCAGUACCCAAGCUGCCAGAAUGGGAUGUGAGUCUGAAAGGGCCCAAAAUGAAGGGAGAUGUUGAUGUGUCAGUUCCAAAGAUUGAGGGUGACAUCAAAGCUCCGAAAGUUGACAUUGAAGGACCAGAUGUUGAUAUUGAUGGCCACAAAGGAGGAUUUAAAAUGCCUAAAUUUCAUAUGCCUUCCUUUGGACUAAAAGGUCCAAACAUUGAAGGACCAGAUGUUGAUGUCAGCCUCCCGAAAGCUGAUAUUGACAUUAAUGCUCCUGACUUGGAUAUCAAAGGACCAGAUUUUGACAUUGAGAGUCCAAGUGGUAAAAUCAGAGGACCCAAAUUCAACAUGCCAAGCAUUUCAGGACCUAAACUCUCCAUGCCAGAUGUGGAUUUCAAUCUGAAAGGUCCCAAAAUGAAAGGUGAUGUGGAUAUGUCAGGGCCAAAGAUAAAGGGAGGCAUAAAAACACCUGAGGUUGACAUCCAAGGUCCACAGGUUGAUAUUGAAGGUCCCAAAGGUGGAUUUGAAAUGCCUAAAAUCAAAAUGCCAUCAUUUGGCUUCAAAGGUCCAAAAAUGGAAGGUCCGGAUGUUGAUAUAAACCUUCCCAAAGGUAACAUUGAUGUUAAAGGACCUGAUGCUAAUAUUAAAGGACCGGACUUUAAUGUUGAAGGUCCUGAUGUAAAAUUGAAAGGACCCAAAUUCCAACUGCCAUCAAUAUCAGUACCCAAGCUGCCAGAAUGGGAUGUGAGUCUGAAAGGGCCCAAAAUGAAGGGAGAUGUUGAUGUGUCAGUUCCAAAGAUUGAGGGUGACAUGAAAGCUCCGAAGGUUGACAUUGAAGGACCAGAUGUCGACAUUGAAGGCCACAAAGGAGGAUUUAAAAUGCCUAAAUUUAAUAUGCCCUCCUUUGGACUAAAAGGUCCAAACAUUGAAGGACCAGACGUUGAUGUCAGCCUCCCGAAAGCUGAUAUUGACAUUAACGCUCCUAACUUGGAUAUCAAAGGACCAGAUUUUGACAUUGAGAGUCCAAGUGGUAAAAUCAGAGGACCCAAAUUCAACAUGCCAAGCAUUUCAGGACCUAAACUCUCCAUGCCAGAUGUGGAUUUCAAUCUGAAAGGUCCCAAAAUGAAAGGUGAUGUGGAUAUGUCAGUGCCAAAGAUAAAGGGAGGCAUAAAAACACCUGAGGUCGAUAUCCAAGGUCCACAGGUUGAUAUUGAAGGUCAGAAAGGUGGUUUUGAAAUGCCUAAAAUCAAAAUGCCAUCAUUUGGCUUCAAAGGUCCAAAAAUGGAAGGUCCGGAUAUUGAUAUAAACCUUCCCAAAGGUAACAUUGAUGUUAAAGUACCUGAUGCUAAUAUUAAAGGACCGGACUUUGAUGUUGAAGGUCCCGAUGUAAAAUUGAAAGGACCCAAAUUCCAACUGCCAUCAAUAUCAGUACCCAAGCUGCCAGAAUGGGAUGUGAGUCUGAAAGGGCCCAAAAUGAAGGGAGAUGUUGAUGUGUCAGUUCCAAAGAUUGAGGGUGACAUCAAAGCUCCGAAGGUUGACAUUGAAGGACCAGAUGUCGACAUUGAAGGCCACAAAGGAGGAUUUAAAAUGCCUAAAUUUAAUAUGCCCUCCUUUGGACUAAAAGGUCCAAACAUUGAAGGACCAGACGUUGAUGUCAGCCUCCCGAAAGCUGAUAUUGACAUUAACGCUCCUGACUUGGAUAUCAAAGGACAAGGCAUUGACAUUGAGAGUCCAAGUGGUAAAAUCAGAGGACCCAAAUUCAACAUGCCAAGCAUUUCAGGACCUAAACUCUCCAUGCCAGAUGUGGAUUUCAAUCUGAAAGGUCCCAAAAUGAAAGGUGAUGUGGAUAUGUCAGUGCCAAAGAUAAAGGGAGGCAUAAAAAAACCUGAGGUCGACAUCCAAGGUCCAGAGCUUGAUAUUGAAGGUCACAAAGGUGGAUUUGAAAUGCCUAAAAUCAAAAUGCCAUCAUUUGGCUUCAAAGGUCCAAAAGUGGAAGGUCCGGAUGUUGAUAUAAACCUUCCCAAAGCUGACAUUCACGUUAAAGCACCUAACGUAGAUAUUAAAGGUCCAGAGUUCGAUAUUCAAGGUUCUAAGAAUGGAUUUGACAUGCCUAAAAUACAAAUGCCAUCGUUAUCAGGUCCAAAAAUGCCAGAAUUGGAUUUUAGUCUCAAAGGACCAAAGAUAAAGGGAGAUGUGGCCACUCCAAAGAUUGAGGGAGACAUAAAAACCCCUGAGAUUGAAAUCAAAGGUCCUAAUGUCGAUUUUGGAAUUCCAGAGGGACAACUUACUGGGCCUAAGGUGAAGUUACCAAAAAUAUCUGGACCAAAUAUAUCAUUGCCAGUUGUUGACAUCAAUCUGAAGGGGCCAACCUUAAAAGGUGAUUUAAAAGGGGGUGUUCAACUUCCAAAAGCUGAACUUGAGGGUCCAGAUGUCACAAUUGAUGUUCCAGAAAUUGGCUCAAAGAAAUCUAAAUUCAAAAUGCCAAAGUUUGGUUUUAAGAACCCAAAGAUAAAGGCACCAGAAACGGAUGUUGAAAUGGUAAAAGGGGGAAUCAGCAUCAAAGGGAAGAGUGGUAGCUCUGAACGUCUUGAUCUUGACCUUGGAAUGACUGGUUCGAAAACUAAAGGAGCAAAAUUCAAGAUGCCAAAGUUUGGUUUCAAAGGCCCAAAGGUUGAAAUGCCAGAAGUUGAUGUUAAUCUUCCCAAUGUUGACAUUGAAAGACCAGAUGUUAAAAUUGAGACUCCUGAUGGAAGAAUCAAGGGAACAAAACUGAAAAUGCCAAACAUCUCAGGACCAAAAUUGUCCAUGCCAGAUGUGGAUUUCAAUUUGAAAGGUCCCAAACUCAAAAGUGAUGUGGAUGCGUCAUCUCCAAACAUUGAAGGAGAAAUAAAAAUACCAGACAUUGACGUCAAAGCUCCACAAGUCGAUAUUGAAGGUCACAAAGGUGGAUUUGAAAUGCCUAAAAUCAAAAUGCCAUCAUUUGGCUUCAAAGGUCCAAAAAUGGAAGGUCCAGAUGUUGAUAUAAACCUUCCCAAAGGUAACAUUGAUGCUAAAGUACCUGAUGCUAAUAUUAAAGGACCGGACUUUGAUGUUGAAGGUCCUGAUGUAAAAUUGAAAGGACCCAAAUUCCAACUGCCAUCAAUAUCAGUACCCAAGCUGCCAGAAUGGGAUGUGAGUCUGAAAGGGCCCAAAAUGAAGGGAGAUGUUGAUGUGUCAGUACCAAAGAUUGAGGGUGACAUCAAAGCUCCGAAGGUUGACAUUGAAGGACCAGAUGUCGACAUUGAAGGCCACAAAGGAGGAUUUAAAAUGCCUAAAUUUAAUAUGCCCUCCUUUGGACUAAAAGGUCCAAACAUUGAAGGACCAGACGUUGAUGUCAGCCUCCCGAAAGCUGAUAUUGACAUUAACGCUCCUGACUUGGAUAUCAAAGGACCAGAUUUUGACAUUGAGAGUCCAAGUGGUAAAAUCAGAGGACCCAAAUUCAACAUGCCAAGCAUUUCAGGGCCUAAACUCUCCAUGCCAGAUGUGGAUUUCAAUUUGAAAGGUCCCAAAAUGAAAGGUGAUGUGGAUAUGUCAGUGCCAAAGAUAAAGGGAGGCAUACAAACACCUGAAGUUGACAUCCAAGGUCCACAGGUUGAUAUUGAAGGUAACAAAUCUGGAUUUGAAAUGCCUAAAAUCAAAAUGCCAUCAUUUGGCUUCAAAGGUCCAAAAAUGGAAGGUCCGGAUGUUGAUAUAAACCUUCCCAAAGGUAACAUUGAUGUUAAAGUACCUGAUGCUAACAUUAAAGUACCAGACAUUGAUGUUGAAGUUCCUGAUGUAAAAUUGAAAGGACCCAAAUUCCAACUGCCUUCAAUAUCAGUACCCAAGCUGCCAGAAUGGGAUGUGAGUCUGAAAGGGCCCAAAAUGAAGGGAGAUGUUGAUGUGUCAGUUCCAAAGAUUGAGGGUGACAUCAAAGCUCCGAAGGUUGACAUUGAAGGACCAGAUGUCGACAUUGAAGGCCACAAAGGAGGAUUUAAAAUGCCUAAAUUUAAUAUGCCCUCCUUUGGACUAAAAGGUCCAAACAUUGAAGGACCAGACGUUGAUGUCAGCCUCCCGAAAGCUGAUAUUGACAUUAACGCUCCUGACUUGGAUAUCAAAGGACCAGAUUUUGACAUUGAGAGUCCAAGUGGUAAAAUCAGAGGACCCAAAUUCAACAUGCCAAGCAUUUCAGGACCUAAACUCUCCAUGCCAGAUGUGGAUUUCAAUCUGAAAGGUCCCAAAAUGAAAGGUGAUGUGGACAUGUCAGUGCCAAAGAUAAAGGGAGGCAUAAAAACACCUGAGGUCGACAUCCAAGGUCCACAGGUUGAUAUUGAAGGUCACAAAGGUGGAUUUGAAAUGCCUAAAAUCAAAAUGCCAUCAUUUGGCUUCAAAGGUCCAAAAAUGGAAGGUCCGGAUGUUGAUAUAAACCUUCCCAAAGGAAACAUUGAUGUUAAACUACCUGAUGCUAAUAUUAAAGGACCGGAGUUCGAUGUUGAAGGUCACGAUGUAAAAUUGAAAGGACCCAAAUUCCAACUGCCAUCAAUAUCAGUACCCAAGCUGCCAGAAUGGGAUGUGAGUCUGAAAGGGCCAAAAAUGAAGGGAGAUGUUGAUGUAUCAGUUCCAAAGAUUGAGGGUGACAUCAAAGCUCCGAAGGUUGACAUUGAAGGACCAGAUGUCGACAUUGAAGGCCACAAAGGAGGAUUUAAAAUGCCUAAAUUUAAUAUGCCCUCCUUUGGACUAAAAGGUCCAAACAUUGAAGGACCAGACGUUGAUGUCAGCCUCCCGAAAGCUGAUAUUGACAUUAACGCUCCUGACUUGGAUAUCAAAGGACCAGAUUUUGACAUUGAGAGUCCAAGUGGUAAAAUCAGAGGACCCAAAUUCAACAUGCCAAGCAUUUCAGGACCUAAACUCUCCAUGCCAGAUGUGGACUUCAAUCUGAAAGGUCCCAAAAUAAAAGGAGAUUUCGAUGUGUCUGUUCCGAAGAUUAAGGCUGACAUCAAAGCUCCCAAGGUUGAUAUCAAAGCCCCAGAUGUUGACAUUGAAGGCCGCAAAGGAGGAUUUAAAAUGCCUAAAUUUAAUAUGCCCUCCUUUGGACUAAAAGGUCCAAACAUUGAAGGACCAGACAUUGAUGUCAGCCUCCCGAAAGCUGAUAUUGACAUUAACGCUCCUGACUUGGAUAUCAAAGGACAAGGCAUUGACAUUGAGAGUCCAAGUGGUAAAAUCAGAGGACCCAAAUUCAACAUGCCAAGCAUUUCAGGACCUAAACUCUCCAUGCCAGAUGUGGAUUUCAAUCUGAAAGGUCCCAAAAUGAAAGGUGAUGUGGACAUGUCACUGCCAAAGAUAAAGGGAGGUAUACAAACACCUGAAGUUGACAUUCAAGGUCCACAGGUUGAUAUUGAAGGUCACAAAAGUGGAUUUGAAAUGCCGAAAAUCAAAAUGCCAUCAUUUGGCUUCAAAGGUCCAAAAUUGGAAGGUCCGGAUGUUGAUAUAAACCUUCCCAAAGGUAAAAUUGAUGUUAAAGUACCUGAUGCUAAUAUUAAAGGACCGGACUUUGAUGUUGAAGGUCCUGAUGUACAAUUGAAAGGACCCAAAUUCCAACUACCAUCAAUAUCAGUACCAAAGCUGCCAGAAUGGGAUGUGAGUCUAAAAGGGGCCAAAAUGAAGGGAGAUUUUGAUGCGUCAGUUCCAAAGAUUGAGAGUGACAUCAAAGCUCCGAAGGUUGACAUUGAAGGACCAGAUGUCGACAUUGAUGCCCACAAAGGAGGAUUUAAAAUGCCUAAAUUUCAUAUGCCCUCCUUUGGACUAAAAGGUCCAAACAUUGAAGGACCAGACGUUGAUGUCAACCUCCCGAAAGCUGAUAUUGACAUUAAUGCUCCUGACUUGGAUGUCAAGGGACCAGAUUUUGACAUUGAGAGUCCAAGUGGUAAAAUCAGAGGACCCAAAUUCAACAUGCCAAGCAUUUCAGGACCUAAACUCUCCAUGCCAGAUGUGGAUUUCAAUCUGAAAGGUCCCAAAAUGAAAGGUGAUGUGGAUAUGUCAGUGCCAAAGAUAAAAGGAGGCAUAAAAACACCUGAGAUCGACAUCCAAGGUCCACAGGUUGAUAUUGAAGGUCACAAAGGUGGAUUCGAAAUGCCUAAAAUCAAAAUGCCAUCAUUUGGCAUCAAAGGUCCAAAAAUGGAAGGUCCGGAUGUUGAUAUAAAACUUCCCAAAGGUAACAUUGAUGUUAAAGUACCUGAUGCUAAUAUUAAAGGACCGGACUUCAAUGUUGAAGGUCCUGAUCUCAAAUUGAAAGGACCCAAAUUCCAACUGCCAUCAAUAUCAGUACCAAAGCUGCCAGAAUGGGAUGUGAGUCUGAAAGGGCCCAAAAUGAAGGGAGAUUUCGACGUGUCAGUUCCAAAGAUUGAGGGUGACAUCAAAGCUCCGAAGGUUGACAUUGAAGGACCAGAUGUCGACAUUGAAGGCCACAAAGGAGGAUUUAAAAUGCCUAAAUUUCAUAUGCCCUCAUUUGGACUAAAAGGGCCAAACAUUGAGGGACCAGACGUUGAUGUCAGCCUCCCGAAAGCUGAUAUUGACAUUAACGCUCCUGACUUGGAUAUCAAAGGACCAGAUUUUGACAUUGAGAGUCCAAGUGGUAAAAUCAGAGGACCCAAAUUCAACAUGCCAAGCAUUUCAGGACCUAAACUCUCCAUGCCAGAUGUGGAUUUCAAUCUGAAAGGUCCCAAAAUGAAAGGUGAUGUGGAUAUGUCAGUGCCAAAGAUAAAGGGAGGCAUAAAAACACCUGAGAUCGACAUCCAAGGUCCACAUGUUGAUAUUGAAGGUCACAAAGGUGGAUUUGAAAUGCCUAAAAUCAAGAUGCCAUCAUUUGGCUUCAAAGGUCCAAAAAUGGAAGGUCCGGAUGUUGAUAUAAACCUUCCCAAAGGUAACAUUGAUGUUAAAGUACCUGAUGCUAAUAUUAAAGGGCCGGACUUCGAUGUUGAAGGUCCUGAUGUAAAAUUGAAAGGACCCAAAUUCCAACUGCCAUCAAUAUCAGUACCCAAGCUGCCAGAAUGGGAUGUCAGUCUGAAAGGGCCCAAAAUGAAGGGAGAUGUUGAUGUGUCAGUUCCAAAGAUUGAGGGUGACAUCAAAGCUCCGAAGGUUGACAUUGAAGGACCAGAUGUCGACAUUGAAGGUCACAAAGGAGGAUUUAAAAUGCCUAAAUUUCAUAUGCCCUCCUUUGGCCUUAAAGGUCCACACAUUGAAGGACCAGACGUUGACGUCAGCCUCCCGAAAGCUGAUAUUGACAUUAACGCUCCUGACUUGGAUAUCAAGGGACCAGAUUUGGACAUGGAGAGUCCAAGUGGUAAAAUCAGAGGACCCAAAUUCAACAUGCCAAGCAUUUCAGGACCUAAACUCUCCAUGCCAGAUGUGGAUUUCAAUCUGAAAGGUCCCAAAAUGAAAGGUGAUGUGGAUAUGUCAGUGCCAAAGAUAAAGGGAGGCAUAAAAACACCUGACGUUGACAUCCAAGGUCCACAGGUUGACAUUGAAGGCCAAAAAGCAGGAUUUAAAAUGCCUAAAUUUAAAAUGCCCUCCUUUGGACUAAAAGGUCCUAACAUUGAAGGGCCAGAAGUUGAUUUCAGCCUCCCGAAAGCUGAUAUUGACAUUAAUGCUCCUGACUUGGAUAUCAAAGGACCAGAUUUUGACAUUGAGAGUCCAAGUGGUAAAAUCAGAGGACCCAAAUUCAACAUGCCAAUCAUUUCAGGACCUAAACUCUCCAUGCCAAAUGUGGAUUUCAAUCUGAAAGGCCCCAAAAUGAAAGGUGAUGUGGAUAUGUCAGUGCCAAAGAUAAAGGGAGGCAUAAAAACACCGGAAGUUAACAUCCAAGGUCCAGAGGUUGAUAUUGAUGGUCACAAAGGUGGAUUUGAAAUGCCAAAAAUCAAAAUGCCAUCAUUUGGCUUCAAAGGGCCAAAAGUAGAAGGUCCGGAUGUUGAUAUAAACCUUCCAAAAGGUAACAUUGAUGUUAAAGUACCUGACGCUAACAUUGAAGUACCGGACGUUGAUGUUGAAGGUCCUGAUGUAAAAUUGAAAGGACCCAAAUUCCAACUGCCAUCAAUAUCUGGACCCAAGAUGCCAGGAUGGGAUGUGAGUCUGAAAGGGCCCAAAAUGAAGGGAGAUGUCGAUGUGUCAUUUCCAAAGAUUGAGGGUGACAUCAAAGCUCCGAAGGUUGACAUUGGAGGACCAGAUGUCGACAUUGAAGGCCACAAAGGAGCAUUUAAAAUGCCUACAUUUAAAAUGCCCUCAUUUGGACUAAAAGGUCCAAACGUUGAAGGACCAGAUGUUGAUGUCAGCCUCCCGAAAGCUGAUAUUGACAUUAACGCUCCUGACUUGGAUAUCAAAGGACCAGAUUUUGACAUUGAGAGUCCAAGUGGUAAAAUCAGAGGACCCAAAUUCAACAUGCCAAGCAUUUCAGGACCUAAACUCUCCAUGCCAGAUGUGGAUUUCAAUCUGAAAGGUCCCAAAAUGAAAGGUGAUGUGGAUAUGUCAGUGCCAAAGAUAAAGGGAGGCAUAAAAACACCUGAGGUUGACAUCCAAGGUCCAGAGCUUGAUAUUGAUGGUCACAAAGGUGGAUUUGAUAUGCCUAAAAUCAAAAUGCCAUCAUUUGGCUUCAAAGGUCCAAAAAUGGAAGGUCCGGAUGUUGAUAUAAACCUUCCAAAAGGUAACAUUGAUGUUAAAUUACCUGAUGCUAACAUUAAAGUACCGGACUUUGAUGUUGAAAGCCCUGAUGUAAAAUUGAAAGGACCCAAAUUCCAACUGCCAUCAUUAUCUGGACCCAAAAUGCCAGGAUGGGAUUUGAGUCUGAAAGGGCCAAAAAUAAAGGGAGAUUUCGAUGUGUCCGUUCCAAAGAUUGAGGGUGACAUCGAAUCUCCCAAGGUUGACAUUGGAGGACCAGAUGUCGACAUUGAAGGCCACAAAGGAGGAUUUAAAAUGCCUAAAUUUAAAAUGCCCUCAUUUGGACUAAAAGGUCAAAACAUUGAAGGACCAGAAGUUGAUGUCAGCCUCCCGAAAGCUAAUAUUGACAUUAACGCUCCUGACUUGGAUAUCAAGGGACCAGAUUUGGACAUGGAGAGUCCAAGUGGUAAAAUCAGAGGACCCAAAUUCAACAUGCCAAGCAUUUCAGGACCUAAACUCUCCAUGCCAGAUGUGGACUUCAAUCUGAAAGGUCCCAAAAUGAAAGGUGAUGUGGAUAUGUCAGUGCCAAAGAUAAAGGGAGGCAUAAAAACACCUGAGGUCGACAUCCAAGGUCCACAGGUUGACAUUGAAGGCCACAAAGGAGGAUUUAAAAUGCCUAAAUUUAAAAUGCCCUCCUUUGGACUAAAAGGUCCAAACAUUGAAGGACCAGAUGUUGAUGUCAGUCUCCCGAAAGCUGAUAUCGACAUUAACACUCCUGACUUGGAUAUCAAAGGACCAGAUUUGGACAUUGAGAGUCCAAGUGGUAAAAUCAGAGGACCCAAAUUCAACAUGCCAAGCAUUUCAGGACCUAAACUCUCCAUGCCAAAUGUGGAUUUCAAUCUGAAAGGUCCCAAAAUGAAAGGUGAAGUGGAUAUGUCAGUGCCAAAGAUAAAAGGAGGCAUAACAAUACCUGAAGUUGACAUCCAAGGUCCACAUGUUGAUAUUGAAGGUCACAAAGGUGGAUUUGAUAUGCCUAAAAUCAAAAUGCCAUCAUUUGGCUUCAAAGGUCCAAAAGUGGAAGUUCCGGAUGUUGAUAUAAACCUUCCAAAAGGUAACAUUGAUGUUAAUGUACCUGAUGCUAAUAUUAAAGGACCGGACUUUGAUGUUGAAGGUCCUGAUGUAAAAUUGAAAGGACCCAAAUUCCAACUGCCAUCAAUAUCAGUACCAAAGCUUCCAGAAUGGGAUGUGAGUCUCAAAGGGCCCAAAAUGAAGGGAGAUUUCGAUGUGUCAGUUCCAAAGAUUGAGGGUGACAUCAAAGCUCCGAAGGUUGACAUUGAAGGACCAGAUGUCGACAUUGAAGGCCACAAAGGAGGAUUUAAAAUGCCUAAAUUUCAUAUGCCCUCCUUUGGACUAAAAGGUCCAAACAUGGAAGGACCAGACGUUGAUGUCAGCCUCCCGAAAGCCGAUAUUGACAUUAACGCUCCUGACUUGGAUAUCAAGGGUCCAGAUUUGGACAUGGAGAGUCCAAGUGGUAAAAUCAGAGGACCCAAAUUCAACAUGCCAAGCAUUUCAGGACCUAAACUCUCCAUGCCAGAUGUGGAUUUCAAUCUGAAAGGUCCCAAAAUGAAGGGUGAUUUCGAUGUGUCAGUUCCAAAGAUUAAGGCUGACAUCAAAGCUCCCAAGGUUGAUAUCAAAGCCCCAGAUGUUGACAUUGAAGGCCGCAAAGGAGGAUUUAAAAUGCCUAAAUUUAAUAUGCCCUCCUUUGGACUAAAAGGUGCAAACAUUGAAGGACCAGACGUUGAUGUCAGCCUCCCGAAAGCUGAUAUUGACAUUAACACUCCUGACUUGGAUAUCAAAGGACCAGAUUUUGACAUUGAGAGUCCAAGUGGUAAAAUCAGAGGACCAAAAUUCAACAUGCCAAGCAUUUCAGGACCUAAGCUCUCCAUGCCAGAUGUGGAUUUCAAUCUGAAAGGUCCCAAAAUGAAAGGUGAUGUGGACAUGUCAGUGCCAAAGAUAAAGGGAGGUAUACAAACACCUGAAGUUGACAUCCAAGGUCCACAGGUUGAUAUUGAAGGUCACAAAGGUGGAUUUGAAAUGCCUAAAAUCAAAAUGCCAUCAUUUGGCUUCAAAGGUCCAAAAGUAGAAGGUCCGGAUGUUGAUAUAAACCUUCCAAAAGGUAACAUUGAUGUUAAUGUACCUGAUGUUAAUAUUAAAGGACCCGACUUUGAUGUUGAAGGUCCUGAUGUAAAAUUGAAAGGACCCAAAUUCCAACUGCCAUCAAUAUCAGUACCAAAGCUGCCAGAAUGGGAUGUGAGUCUGAAAGGGCCCAAAAUGAAGGGAGAUUUCGAUGUGUCAGUUCCAAAGAUUGAGGGUGACAUCAAAGUUCCGAAGGUUGACAUUGAAGGACCAGAUGUCGACAUUGAUGGCCACAAAGGAGGAUUUAAAAUGCCUAAAUUUCAUAUGCCCUCCUUUGGUCUAAAAGGUCCACACAUUGAAGGACCAGAUGUUGAUGUCAGCCUCCCGAAAGCUGAUAUUGACAUUAACGCUCCUGACUUGGAUAUCAAAGGACCAGAUUUUGACAUUGAGAGUCCAAGUGGUAAAAUCAGAGGACCCAAAUUCAACAUGCCAAGCAUUUCAGGACCCAAACUCUCCAUGCCAGAUGUGGAUUUCAAUCUGAAAGGUCCCAAAAUGAAAGGUGAUGUGGAUAUGUCAGUGCCAAAGAUAAAGGGAGGCAUAACAACACCUCAGGUCGACAUCCAAGGUCCACAGGUUGAUAUUGAAGGUCACAAAGGUGGAUUCGAAAUGCCUAAAAUCAAAAUGCCAUCAUUUGGCUUCAAAGGUCCAAAGGUGGAAGGUCCGGAUCUUAAUAUAAACCUUCCUAAAGGUAACAUUGAUGUUAAAGUACCUGAUCCUAACAUUAAAGUACCGGACUUUGAUGUUGAAGGUCCUGAUGUAAAAUUGAAAGGACCCAAAUUCCAACUGCCAUCAAUAUCUGGACCUAAGAUGCCAGGAUGGGAUGUCAAUCUGAAAGGGCCCAAAAUGAAGGGAGAUUUCGAUGUGUCAGUUCCAAAGAUUGAGGGUGACAUCAAAGCUCCGAAGGUUGGCAUUGAAGGACCAGAUGUCGACAUUGAAGGCCACAAAGGAGGAUUUAAAAUGCCUAAAUUUCAUAUGCCCUCCUUUGGACUAAAAGGUCCAAACAUUGAAGGACCUGACGUUGAUGUCAGCCUCCCGAAAGCUGAUAUUGACAUUAACGCUCCUGACUUGGAUAUCAAGGGACCAGAUUUUGACAUGGAGAGUCCAAGUGGUAAAAUCAGAGGACCCAAAUUCAACAUGCCAAGCAUUUCAGGACCUAAACUCUCCAUGCCAGAUGUGGAUUUCAAUCUGAAAGGUCCCAAAAUGAAAGGUGAUGUGGAUAUGUCUGUGCCAAAGAUAAAGGGAGACAUAAAAACACCCGAAGUUAACAUCCAAGGUCCAGAGAUUGACAUUGAAGGCCACAAAGGAGGAUUUAAAAUGCCAAAAUUUAAAAUGCCCUCCUUUGGACUAAAAGGUCCAAACAUUGAAGGACCAGACGUUGAUGUCAGCCUCCCGAAAGCUGAUAUUGACAUUAACCCUCCUGACUUGGAUAUCAAAGGACCGGAUUUUGACAUCGAGAGUCCCAGUGGUAAAAUCAGAGGACCCAAAUUCAACAUGCCAAGCAUUUCAGGUCCUAAACUCUCCAUGCCAGAUGUGGAUUUCAAUCUAAAAGGUCCCAAAAUGAAAGGUGAUGUGGAUAUGUCAGUGCCAAAGAUAAAGGGAGGCAUACAAACACCUGAAGUUGACAUCCAAGGUCCACAGGUUGAUAUUGAAGGUCACAAAGGUGGAUUUGAAAUGCCUAAAAUCAAAAUGCCAUCAUUUGGCUUCAAAGGUCAUACAGUGGAAGGUCCGGAUGUUGAUAUAAACCUUCCCAAAGGUAACAUUGAUGUUAAAGUACCUGAUGCUAAUAUUAAAGGACCGGACUUUGAUGUUGAAGGUCCUGAUGUAAAAUUGAAAGGACCCAAAUUCCAACUGCCAUCAAUAUCAGUACCCAAGCUGCCAGAAUGGGAUGUGAGUCUGAAAGGGCCCAAAAUGAAGGGAGAUGUUGAUGUGUCAGUUCCAAAGAUUGAGGGUGACAUCAAAACUCCGAAGGUUGAUAUUGAAGGACCAGACGUCGACAUUGAAGGCCACAAAGGAGGAUUUAAAAUGCCUAAAUUUAAUAUGCCCUCUUUUGGACUAAAAGGUCCAAACAUUGAAGGACCAGAUGUUGAUGUCAGCCUCCCGAAAUCUGAUAUUGACAUUAACGCUCCUGACUAUGAUAUCAAAGGACCAGAUUUUGACAUUGAGAGUCCAAGUGGUAAAAUCAGAGGACCCAAAUUCAACAUGCCAAGCAUUUCAGGGCCUAAACUCUCCAUGCCAGAUGUGGAUUUCAAUCUGAAAGGACCUAACAUGGAUAUGACAGUACCACAGACCAAAGGAAACAUUAAAAAACCUGACAUUGACAUCAAAGGUCCAGAAGUUGAUAUUGAAAGGCCAAAGGGUGGAUUUGAUAUGCCUUCAAUCAAAAUGCCAUCAUUUGGCACCAAAGUUCCAAAGGUUGAAGGUCCAGAUAUUAAUAUAAACAUGUCCAAAACUAACAUUGAUGUGAACACCCCUGAAGUUGACAUUAAAGGUCCAGAGUUUAAUAUCAAGGGGCCUAAGGGUGGAUUUGAAAUGCCUAAAAUGUCAAUGCCAUCAUUCAACAUCAAAGGUCCAAAAUGGGAGGGUUCGGAUGUUGAUCUAAAACUUCCCAAAGGAAACAUUGACAUGACAGCACCUGAUGUUGAUGUCAAAGUAAAAGGAUCUCAAGUCAAAGGAAAGAUGGAUGCAUCAGUUCCCAAAUUGGAAGCAGAUAUCAGAGGUCCAAAUUAUAACAUUGCUGGACCAAGAUCUGUUGACCCUGUAUGGACCGGAGUUACAUUUCCCAAGUUCAAAGGUCCUAAAUUUGGAAUGGAAUCCCCAGAACUCAGUGUGGAAGCACACGGUUCCAAAACAGAAAUGAGUUUCCCAGAUACUGAAGCAAGUCUUGAUGCCUCUGAUAUGAAUGUCAAUGUAAAGGGGAAAAAGGGGAAAUUUAAACUUCCUAAAGUGAAAGGAAGGGCAAAGAAACUUAAUAUAGACAUAGAAACACCAGCAGCAGACUUGGAUUCAGACACACCUAAUAUUCAUGUCAAAGGAUCAAAGGCAAAGAAGCCUCUUUUUGGUAAGCUUCAUUUUCCGAAUGUGGAAUUUGAUAUCAAAUCACCAAAGUUGAAAGGUGAUGGAUCUUUUUCAGAAGGAUUCAAAUCACCUGACAUAGAUUUUCCAUCUGCUAGCUUGAACACUGCUAUUGAUACUUCUAGUAUUGAGAGUCCAAAAGUUCAUUUCGGAGAAACGGAUGUUAAAAUGAAUCCAAAAUUAAAAAUGCCAAAUGUGAACAUUUCCACUUCGGAUAUUGAUGCACAUCUUAACAGACAAGGAGAGGCAACAUUGAGUGCAGGUUUUACAGGCCAAAAAAUUAAUGUGAAAGGUGGUUCAGAGUUUGAUGCAAGUGCUGGGGGCAGUGCCAGCGGUGGCCUUCAUUACCCAGAAGGUACUGUAACAUUUCCCAAAAUCAAGGUACCUAAAUUUGGUAUUGCUCUGCCUCAGAUGGAAGGCCAGGCAGGUGAAGGACAUGUUGCAUCAGCUAGUGGAGGAAUGAACAUAAAGUCUCCAUCUGUCAGUUGCCAAGUCAGUUCACAAAAUGUUGAGGUUCCCAGUCCAGAACUGAGGCACAGAGAAGGAAAGGUAAAGUUAAAGAUGCCAAAAAUGUUUGGCAAAUCAAAAGCAAAGGGCAGUAGUGCAGGUGACCUUCGAGGACCAGAGGUAGAAUUGAGUACAAGUGGAAAAGGCAGUAAGGUACAUACUGGGGAACUGAUAGGUGGACAAGUAGAGGGUGAUCCUGGGCUCAGUGUGUCAACUAAAGGCAAGUCAGCCUCACUGGAUCUAUUGAAGAAAUCAAGGCAUCGGUCUACUUCUCUGAGUGAUGAGGGGGAGCUUGCAGUAAGUUCCCCUUCAGCUCACUUAGAUGCUGAGGGUGGUGACAUUUCAUUAGACCUGGGAGGAAGCAAGAGCAAAGGAAAGAAAGGCAAGUUGAAGUUUGGCACCUUUGGAGGUUUUGGUUCAAAGUCAAAGGGCUCAUAUGAAGUUUCACUUGGUGAGGAGGGGGAAGCGGGUGCAGGUGUUAAUCUACCCUCUAAAAUAUCGAGAUUGUCUUCAUCUUCCAGCAGUGACAGUGGUUCAAGAGGUGGUUUCAGGUUCCCAAGACUUGAACUAUCUGUUUCACCCAAAAAAUGAUUAAUUAUGAGGUAAAUUAAACUCUUUCAUAUACACCCAGAUAGACAAAUUGAACUGAGAAAUAAUUCAAUGUAUACAUCUUUAAAACCUAAGGGCACGUACACAGUCAUCUCAAUAUUGUUAACUCUGUGUAAACUUUUUUUCAGUAAUUAGACAGGAGUGCAUGAGAUUGUUCAAAAUCCCUUAUAACUGUAAAUAAGAUUGAUUUGUAUUGUAGUAAUAAAUAUUGUUUUUUGUACAUAGUCCAGAUUUAUUGAACACAUGCCAUCCCACCAAAUUCUCACAAAUAGUUUAUUACAGGGUUGUUAUUUUGUCCUAUUUUAUUCCAAUAAUUGAAUGUUAUUAAGGAACAGGUGUGGUAUAUUUGUAUCCAGGGGUCUAUUGCACAGAACAGAUAGUUACAAUUGUUAUUUUGAAGGAAGAUGUUUGUACAACCAGACACAAUUAUAAACAGUUACCAGUUCUUUUAUGUAUGACAUUAUUAUAUUUUCAAGCUUUGUAAUAAUAUAAUCCUUAUAGAAGCAUAUUUAGGCAAGAUAGAGCUGACCCUUUAUAAUCCAUUCUAAAGAGUAGUGAUGUUGUGCCGUAUUUGCAAAGACAAUCACUGUUUGGAAACUACCAAUUCUCUGAAAUGCUGUUCAUUUUGUUAGAAACUUUAUUCACCCUCUGAUUGUGUAACAUUUAUGAAUAAAUAUGCAAUGUUUCAUUUGUUUUCAACAUGUUUUGCUUCCAAAUCCUGUAUCAUUUUCAUCCUUACCUGUUUUAUGACCCUUUUUUAUUUCCUGUCACUCUCCAUUUGUACACUCACCUUAAGAUAAUGUAAAAAAAAUAAAAUAAAAAUAAGAAACUCACUUUUUGAUUGCAAAAAAAAUGUAAUAUGUGUUAAUAAUAGCGAGUUGCAUAGUUUUGAUCAGAUAUGAUGGAGAUAGAGCAUGAUUAUUUGGGUCUAUUCUUUUGUGUGCAUUCUGCCAAAUAAACUAAAUAAAAAGAUC